GGCGGGGUUACAUAUAUCCCACGUCACUCCCCAUAUUUACGACCUGCCGUCGCCACCGACGACGUAACCUGAACUCAUGUCCAUUUCGCCUAUCCAUCUCCCCCGCAUCGGCACGUUCACGUCCGCCGUCCCAACCAGUCGCGCUGUAGCGAAAGCAUACCGGAAGUUUAGCCCCGCGGUGGGGGCGGCCAUCGGGUGUGUGGUGCUCAUGCUUGUGGGUUUCGAUUCUGUGGUCAACAACUGGGUGAUUAACGACUUUUGUGGCAACGGGCUGCAGUUCCGCACGCCCGUGGCGCUGGCUACGUCAGCCAACGACCUCCCAACGUCGUACUUGUUUGCGAAAGGGUGGAACAUCUCGCAGCUGUCCAACAUUGGCCACUGGAUGACCGACUAUGCGAUUCAGAAGCUCUCGACCAUUGACCCGAACGUGUUUAUCAUCUCGGGGGGGACGUACGUCGUGACGGGGGCAGACAUGAACCUCUGCGGAUCCUUCUCCGGCACGUACACGUUGAACGACCUCACCGAGCCGGUCAAGCUGGCCACUGCCACCGACGCCAUCACGUACCUGCGAGGCAACUCGCUGACGCACUUUGCUACAGACGACUUGGCCGUGGGGUUACCCACGACUGAUUCGUUGUCGGUGGAACUCGAGGCGCUCGGGUUCGUCGCUGCUCGCAUCCAAGCAGAUAUCAAGAUGACCAUGGCGUUCCCCGUUCAAAACACAUCGGUUCCUCAAUCAGCAAUCGUUCAGUUCUACCGUUUGUACACCAAGAGCUACUGCACGGGGUGCCCUCCACUGGCGGAGCUCGGGCGCGGCGAGUGCAACUUCACCAUGAACUUUUCGCCGGCGUCGAAUGUCCUCGUGGUCAACAGCACAUUCGUGUUGAACUCCAAGCACGACGUGGGGCUCAUGUUUGCCCGAGACAUUUACAGCGCGGUCUCGUCGGCCCUAAAGUUCAUCGCUCUUUUGCUGGCGUUGGGGGGGUACCUCGCCAGUCGCAAGACUGUGCAGUGGUCCGAAGUAAACGCGGAAAAGAUGGAGACGAUUUGGCACAAGUUGAUUCAGAUCGUGGCGCCGCAGUACUUUCCCCACCUCAGCCAUGCAAUCCGGUUCGACAUUUUUUGCUACAAUAGCGACUACUUUGUCUUGUUGUACGGGGUGAGCAUCCUCCUCGACAUGAACCACGCGAUUGUGUUUACAAGGGAAGUAAACGUGUUCAACCGACAUAGCCCCCGCCUCGGAAUGACACUGCAGCUGUUUGCCCUCAGCACGCGGUUACUGUGGCUCAACAUUGGUUUUCUCAAGCUGUGCAAACUCGGCAUCAACUUGAUUACACCGGCGUCGUUCUCGGGCCAAAGCCGCGUGAUACCGUUCUUCAACUUUAGUUCCGUCACGACGUUGUACUUGACGACGAUUUUGCUGUUUUUUGUCCCGAAUUACAUCGAGUACAACAAUCAGAGUCGGUGGGAUAUUCACAACCACGUGGAGCUCCUGGACGGGCAAUUUGUGGACUUUUUCGAGAGCUUUUACGUCCGGGUCGUGGGUGCCGUGUUUGUUGGGCUUAUUGGCAACGUGUGGGGCGUCUUGGCAUUGGAUCACGUCGUGUUAGCAGGUAUUUGGAGGGUGCUCAAGGCCAACAGCUUGACCCGGCAGGCGAUUUACAAUUCCACGUCGAUUCUGUGCGAAUACGUGGACGAUGUCCAGAUGAUCCAGGAGGACGUCGUGAUGACGUGUCGCGCCAGACGGUUGAGUACGUUACAGUGGUACUUUAUGCACCACAUGGUCUGCUUUGGCCUGCCCGAGAAGGACAUGACCAAACGCAAGCAGAGCCUACCCACGAACACGGCGAGCGACCGGCCGGAAGGGCGCGAGAUCAAGUACACGGUAGGCCAAGACUCAACCGGCCACUUCCACCUGUACGACGACGUGCUCGCGGACGUCAAGAGCCUGCCGUUCAACAUCAAAAUCCUGCGGAAUACCCCCAUCAUGAUCAAGUAAUUUUGUACAAUACUCCUGGAGUAACAUUCAGGACAAUCAAUAUAUAUAUUAAUGGCAUGUAUUAGCAUAAGAAUACAUGUAAUAUAACUCCACUGAAA